UUCACCGGAGUCAGUGAAAGAUCUCGCGUUUCCAUUAUCGUUUAAAUGUACCGAUCCAUUGUUUCGUGUCAUGUUCCGCCGGAUCGGAACGGUAAUUUAUUCGAAAAUAACCGUUUCACGUGAGCCGAGGACGUGCUGAUUCUCUAUUUUUAUGUUCAUCGUUUCUUUACGGUUCAGAGAGAUUUUGUGUAAAUAAAUUUGUACAAUUUGAAUUCGCGUAUGUGCAUAUACGCAUUCGAGCAUGCAUAUACACGCCCGCGCGCGCGCGCGCCCACAGGGACACAUCCACGGAUCGUGCACACGUACUAUGUACUAUUGAACACAAGCGCGCGCGCGCGUGUACGUACAUGUCCGCUGAUGUGGAUACGAACAUAUUCACACACAUAUGUGUGCGUGUAUAUAUAUAUAGGUUCUACAAAUGUAUUACAUCAGACCAUUAUAUUGUGCAUAUUACAUAUCUUUGAUCACACUUUUUGAAAGCAUUACUCUGACAAAAUUGUUUAACAGUUGAAAAUUUGGUCCUACAAUUUUUAGUUGUGUCUGGUUUACAAGAACUAUUAACUGAAUUUCAUUUGAGAGUUGUAUACUCUAAAGAAAGAUGAUGUAUUGAAAUUACCCUCUUAGGUUGGAAAGGUACGUGUACAUGAAUGGGGACAUUGGCAAGCUCCCACCAGGGGCGGUUUAUCCAGCCACCCCUGAACCUCUGGGUUCUGUUGGGGGUGCCAUCGGAAGUGCUGCAUCCAAUUUGGAAUAUAGCGUCAUGAACGGUGUUCCAAGUGGGAAUGAAUUGAUAUUGGAGGCGGGUGUUGCUAAUCUAGAACCUUCACCGCAACAUGCGAUGGGUAUAGGGGGUGCUGCAGGUUACGGUCCAGUGGAUGUUGCUCCUUUAGGUGAUGUGCCAAAUCAACCUGCUCCAAUGGGUGAUUUAUCUGCCCCUGGUAUACCCUUGGAACAGCUUAAACAAAUGCUCUCUUCGCAACUGGAAUAUUACUUCUCCAGAGAGAACUUAGCUAAUGAUACAUAUUUAUUAUCGCAAAUGGAUAAUGAUCAAUAUGUACCAAUAUGGACAGUAGCAAAUUUUAAUCAAGUGAAGAAACUAACGAAGGAUAUAAAACUUAUAACGGAAGUCCUUAGGGAAUCACCGAAUGUACAAGUUGAUGAAGAGGGACAGAAAGUAAGACCUAAUCAUAAACGAUGCAUCGUGAUUCUCCGCGAAAUACCCGAUAACACUCCAUUGGAAGAUGUGAAGAAUUUAUUCUCUGGAGAAGGAUGUCCAAGGUUUAUUUCAUGUGAAUUCGCACAUAAUAGUUCUUGGUAUGUAACUUUUGAAUCUGACGAGGAUGCUCAAAAGGCCUACAGGUUUUUACGCGAGGAAGUACGGGAGUUUCAGGGAAAGCCGAUAAUGGCUAGAAUCAAAGCAAAACCAAUGAAUAGGCUACCGAUUCCGGCAGUCGCCAGCGUAGGUGGUAUUAAAAAUGGUUACAGAACGCCACCUCCUCCACCUGUCUAUGAUCCAAAUAGUUACACAGCUGGACAGCAACGCUUCCUUUAUACAAAUGGUACUACUAUGCCACAAACUACCAUGCCGCCAUAUGCCAAUCAGGUUCAUUUAUAUCAUCAACCAUUUUAUCCUCCCGGAAUGAUGUCUUGGGGACCUGCGAGUCCCGCUUAUUUCGAUAUGUCAGGUGUCUUCAUGAAUGGUAUUACACAACAUAGCACGUUUAAGCCACACGCAAGAUAUAAUACCCGUCACAGAAAACAAAGAAAUGGGCCUGAAAGACCAGGCUUAAUGGAUGGCGGAGGCAAUAUGGUGCCAAUGGGACGAACGACUCAUCCGCCUAUAAGCGGAGCACCGAUAUCUUUAGGAGCGACAGUUCCGACAUUUUCUUCGAGCUUGCCUACGGUGAAGCCAACUUCUUCUUCCUAUCAGACAGGCACAAAGUUCCAUUCCUCGCAUACGACCGUAGCAACUGGAGAAAGCCAGUAUAGUAGCAGCCAUUCGAAAGGAUCCCAAGAGAAUGACGCUCAGACUCUGGACUCGGGAGUGCAAUUCUCGCGUCAUCGUAUGCAUCGUAGGACCAAAGACCAAGACUCGUUAUCGAAGGCUAACAGUAGCCCGUUGCCGUCGAUCAGAGAAACUACCCCGGCCAGUAAUAAUAAUACGCAAUGUAACCGAGGGGUACAGUUCGAUUUGGAAGCUUCUGCUUUCCCUCCUCUUCCUGGCCUAGAUGCUGAUCUUGCAAAAUCCCAUAAUGCUUCGGUAGAAACUGUCGGUACUGAUUGUACGCAAUCGCAGAAUAGGCUUUCAGAUGUAGUUAAAGGUACCGCGAAAUUGAAAAGCGUGAAAGAGAAAGAAGCCACAGGGACGUCGCAGCAGUAUCAUCAACAACCGACAAGUAACAGCAGUAGGUCCGCGAGUCCUGGGUCAACCGUCGGUGGUCACGCUGGUUCGCUAGAAGCUCCGACUGGUUCUGGCGGCAGUACGUCAGCUACUCCCGUUGCAUCUACAAACGCCAGCUCUAAUGCUUCUGCUAGCAACAAUGACUCCUCAGACAUCGCUCUCAGCACCAUCACUCUCACUCCCCCGUCAUCUCCUGAUAAGUGAGUGUGCUUUCUUCUUAUACAUACAUACGUACAACAUACAGAUAAUAGACACACGCGCGCGUAUAUAAAUACAUAAUAAAAUAAUAUGUACGCGAGUACAUUCAUUCUAUUGUUGUAAAACGAAAUAGUUGUUUAAUUAUAUUUCUAAAGUAUUGCUUAUAUUAUAUAUAAAUUAUUGUUAAAGUUCUUUAAAUUGCUUUUAACAAUACAUUGCAUAUAUUAUGUAUAUAUGUAUAAAUACACAGCUAUAUAUAUACAUAUAAGCACGCGCGCACAUUCACACAAU